CCCCCUUUCCCUCUCUCCCACUCUCUGUCUCUCAGUGUAUUUACUUCCUCGUACCUGGACCCCGCACACGGCAGCGCUCCGGUCCCCGACCUGGGAGUUACAGUGGGUGUGCAGAGAGUCGAUCGUUUGCUCUUUAUUCCGGUUCACUUCGUUCUGGACUCAUUCUGUGGAUUUCCAGCGUUGCUCGCAGUGCCCUCCCCAACUUCGGCUCUCCCCCUCCGCCCGGGGAAACGGUGGGCUCGGCGCAACCACUGCCAAGCGGACCAAGUUUGACGUAAAGUUCAUCCCAAGGCACCUUCGGACCAGAGGCCGACUUGCUCCUGAAAGGGGUUGGGUUGUUUUGCGGGGGGUGGGGGGGAGGGACGAGUUGACAUGAGGUCGCCGAGGACGAUGAACUGUCUGUGCGCCUGGACCGCCUGGCUGACACUCUGCGCCUCCGCCAUCAGUUCCAUGGAUGCGGAGCGCUCGGAGGGCAGAUGCCAGCCCAUCGAUAUCCCCAUGUGCCGGGACAUCGGCUACAACAUGACCCGCAUGCCCAACCUGAUGGGGCACGAGGACCAGAGGGAAGCGGCCAUCAAGCUGCACGAGUUCGCGCCGCUGGUUGAGUACGGCUGCCACAGCCACCUGAAGUUCUUCCUCUGCUCCCUGUACGCUCCCAUGUGCACCGAGCAAGUGUCCACGCCGAUCCCCGCCUGCAGGGUGAUGUGCGAGCAGGCCCGCCUUAAGUGCUCGCCCAUCAUGGAACAGUUCAGCUUCCACUGGCCCGAGUCGCUGGACUGCAGCAAACUGCCCAACAAGAACGACCCCAACUUCCUCUGCAUGGAAGCCCCCAGUAACGGCACGGACGACCAGGGCCGAGGGGCCAGCGCCCUGCCUCCCAUCUACCGGCCGCACCCGAGAGGCGGGGGCUCACAGGAGCCCUUCCUCUUGCCGAAGGACGGCGCCGGCAAGGCGGCCUGCGAGAACUCUCACAAGUUUCACCGGGUGGAGCGGAGCGCGUCCUGCGCACCCCUCUGCUCGCCCAGCGUGGACGUGUACUGGGCCACCCACGACAAGGGCUUCGCCUUCAUCUGGAUCGCCAUCUGGUCCAUCUUCUGCUUCUUCUCCAGCGCCUUCACCGUCCUCACCUUCCUGAUCGACCCGCAGCGCUUCAAGUACCCCGAGAGACCCAUCAUCUUCCUGUCCAUGUGCUACUGCGUCUACUCGGCGGGCUACAUCAUCCGCCUGUUCGCCGGAGGGGAGAGCAUCGCCUGCGACCGCGACAGCGGCCACCUCUACGUUAUCCAGGAGGGGCUGGAGAGCACGGGCUGCACCAUCGUCUUCCUGGUGCUCUAUUAUUUCGGCAUGGCCAGCUCGCUGUGGUGGGUCAUCCUGACACUCACCUGGUUCCUGGCGGCCGGCAAGAAAUGGGGCCACGAAGCCAUCGAAGCCAACAGCAGUUACUUCCACCUGGCCGCCUGGGCGAUCCCGGCUGUCAAGACCAUCAUCAUCCUGGUGAUGCGAAGGGUGGCUGGAGAUGAGCUGACCGGCAUCUGUUACGUGGGGAGUAUGGACGUUAACGCGCUGACCGGCUUCGUGCUUAUCCCCCUGGCUUGCUACCUGAUCAUUGGCACUUCCUUCAUCCUCUCCGGCUUCGUGGCGCUUUUCCACAUCCGACGCGUCAUGAAGACCGGCGGAGAGAACACGGAUAAGCUGGAGAAACUGAUGGUGAGAAUAGGGGUCUUCUCGGUGCUUUACACGGUGCCCGCGACGUGUGUCAUAGCCUGUUACUUCUACGAGCGCCUCAACAUGGACUAUUGGAAGCUCCUAGCCACACGCGAGAAGUGCAAAGCUGCUAACCACUCCAACAACCUAGACUGCACUAUGAGCAGCUCCAUCCCGGCUGUGGAGAUUUUUAUGGUCAAGAUAUUCAUGCUGUUAGUGGUGGGUAUCACCAGCGGCAUGUGGAUUUGGAGUUCGAAGACCCUGCAGUCCUGGCAGAACCUCUGCAGCAAACGAUUCCGGAGGAGGGUCAGGAGGAAGCCAGCCAGCGUUAUAACGAGUAGUGGAGGGGGGUCUUACGGUAAAGCUCGCCCUCCCUUGAAAGUGCACGGGAAAUACGAACCAGCGCUUCCGCCAACUUGUGUCUGACAGGAGUUUAUUUUAUCCACUCCUUUCCUCCUGAUGAUACUGGGAAACAUUUUUGGUCCUGCAAGGGGGCUGCCCGCAAACAAUGAAAAACUCACCUUAAGUGAAAAUGCAAGAAGAAAUAGUUUCCAUUACUGGCGACAUAGCUGGCCUGGGCUGGAUGACGAGGUUCAAGGAAAGGUUAAACUAUAGGAGGAACCUGUGGCGUCUCAAAUAUUUGGAACCAGAAAUCAGAGACGUUUGUUUCCACGAUGUGUGUUCUACUGUAAUUUUGGAAAUUACUAACACUUCAAUUGUCAUCGGACCCCCGGCUCAGCGGCUAACAUCUUUUAACAUGAAGUUUUCAGGGAUAAGUACAGACUCUUCAAAAGGUUCAGUAUUUUGUCGAUGAGUAAUAUUCUACCGAAGAUGGGCUCCUUUAACAAUGUGCAAUAGUUUUUUCUCUCUCUCGCUCUCUUUCCAACAAUCCGCUGCAGAUAAAAGACUUAAAAAGAAUCUCCGUCUGACAAAAGAACUUAGAGGUAUGGGCAACAGAAGUUCUUUAAUGACACAUUUUGCUUUCUGAUGGAAAUCAAGCCAGUGUCAGACAAGUUGAACUGAUUUGUAAACGGGCGAUUCAAAGAGACCCACGGAGCUUAUCGACUCGUCUCAUUGUAAAGCUAAUUCUAGCAAGGAACAGAUCAACAAGCACUAGAUAAAAUCAAGAGCUGAGUGACAGCUGAGCCUCUGUGAUUGCGUAGCUCUUCACGUGCUUUUUGGAGCACGUUUGUACAUACUUGUAAAAUAUAAUUAUCGUCAAGUUCGUCUAUUUUAUAAAAUAAAAUGUUUCUUUAGUUUGGCAAGAGA